UGACUUUACCAUCGGAAACAGAAAGAAGGAAAAGAGAGAGAACUCAGCAAGUUGCUUAAAAAUAUUUCAUGACUUCAUUGUGGCUAAGUGUGGAGGUCAGUUAGGACUUCUGGGGACCUACAGAUUGGUGCUGAAGAUUUUAGCUACAGUCUUGGUUAUUUGAAGUUUAGCAAUGGAGUCAUUCUCUGCUGAGACCAACUCAACUGACCCACUCUCCCAGCCUUUGUAUGAACCCCAAAUAAUUCUCUCCAUGGUCAUUCUUGGCCUCACUUUUUUAUUAGGAUUGCCAGGCAAUGGGCUGGUGUUGUGGGUGGCUGGCCUAAAGAUGCAGCGGACAGUGAACACAGUUUGGUUUCUUCAUCUCACUCUGGCAGAUUUUCUUUGCUGCCUCUCUUUGCCCUUCUCCCUGGCUCAUUUAGCUCUCCAUGGAUACUGGCCCUAUGGCAGGUUCCUGUGCAAGCUUAUCCCCUCCAUCAUCAUCCUCAACAUGUCUGCCAGUGUCUUCCUGCUUACUGCCAUUAGCGUGGACCGAUGUCUGAUGGUACUCAAGCCAAUCUGGUGUCAGAAUCAUCGAAGAGUGAGGACAGCCUUCGCUAUUUGUGGAUGUAUUUGGAUGAUGUCUUUUGCAAUGUGUAUUCCUGUGUUCAUGCACCGGGAAACAUUCACUGUAGACGAUUAUAAAAUGUGUAUAUACAAUUUUGAUUUAACCGGCUCAGAUUAUUCGGAUUACACCUAUGAUCCAGAUGAAUUAGAAAAUGGGUCUUUCACCAACUCCAUUGUUCAGCAGCCUGGAAAAAUGGAUGAUAAGUUAAAUUCUUCCUCUUUCCAAGCAAACAAUUAUCCUUGGACAGCCCCCACCAUCCUCCAAUCUCAAACACUUCGAAGACAUUCUGGAGAUUUGAUCCCUGGGGAGUCAGCAAGAUUAUCUAGUCAACAUCCAUCUUACAAUAAUUUUAAGCCUCCUAAUAUUUCAUCUGCAAGCCCCAGUGGGUUUCUCACUGAAGAUCACAAAACCGAUGUACUGCAUAGCCCUAAUAAUUUUCUUCCUACUGAUUUAGACCUCUACCCCAGGGCUUAUAGUGAUAACUUAUAUGAGCCUGAGGAAUCACAAGAUUUCCAGGAUUAUAAUUUAAGCCAAUUUCCUGGUGACAGUCAAGUGCAAAAAACUAUGAUGAUAAUAACCAUUACAAGGUUAGUGUUGGGUUUCUUGCUGCCUUUUAUUAUCAUAGUGUGCUGUUACAGCAUCAUCGUUUUUCGAAUGCGACGAAGCCAACUGACAAAGUCUCGGAACAAAACUUUCCGAGUGACCGUGAUGGUGGUGACUGUAUUUCUUGUCUGCUGGACCCCAUACCAUAUUAUUGGAGUCCUAUUACUGGUUAUUAACCCAGGAUCUUCCUUGAGAGGAACUCUAUUAUCCUGGGACAAUGUGGCCCUUGCUCUAGCAUCUGCCAAUAGUUGUUUCAAUCCCUUCCUCUAUGCCCUCUUGGGGAAAGAUUUUAGGAAGAAAGCAAAGCAGUCUGUGAAGGGUAUUCUGGAGGCAGCCUUCAGUGAGGAACUCACACACUCUACCAGUUGUUUCCAAAACAAAGUCUUUACAGAAAGAAACAGCAUCAGCACAGGUGUGUGAAAAUACAGAGCAACCUACCUAAGGAGAUGUCUUUAGACAUUUUCUCCAAACUCCCUCUCUCCAGUCAACGGACCACCUGAGUUGGAUUAAUUUCUCAAAUAAUUAAUACAAUCUUGGAACAUACUAUAGAUACUGAUCCCCUGGGAUAUAAAAAGAAAGAAUUCAUGAUGAUUAAUAUAUAUUUUCCAAAAAAAUGACUUCUAACCAGUUGUUAUCAUUUUGUUAAGUCCCUGCAGCCUACAAAGGGCCACAGAAGGAGAAGGGAUCUGCCUUACUUGAACUCAUAUCUCUCACCUCUACCUCUAGUUUCUUUUUCAAAAAAUUCAGGAAAUGCAGAGGGCUGAAUGAGAUGGUCUCUCAAGGAGACUCCCAAUAACAACUCUUAAGUCAUUCUCAUGUGAUAAUUACAGAAAUGUGCAAAUGGUUAAGAUAUUAAGUGAUAUUAAAAAAGCAUUAUUAAUUGUGUUAGGAAUGAU